CAUCAGCGUCAUCACCAUCACUGAGCUGCUCAUUUCAAGAACUGCACCACUUUCACAGGAGACAAGUGACCCCAGGUAGUGAGACAGAGGACCUGUUUUCUUGGUCCGUCCAGUCAAAGCCUGUGCGUUGUCACCUGCAGAUCAGCUGCUGUCUGGUGGACGCUGGAACCAUGGCUCCUGAACGUCUGCUCCUGCUGCUGCUGUGGGACCUGACUUUGAUGAUCCAUGGUGUCUGCUCUGUCAACGUCACCUGUUGGACAGACUACAACACCUCCAUCACCUGCUCCGCCUCCAACUUUGGGCCGACAUUUCCUGUUUCCAUCCAAGUCCACUGCAGGAAUGACGAGUUAUUUCAAGAGUUGAGUGACAGCUGUCAGCUCAAACCGUCGGAGUCUUGGUGCGAAAUGCAUCCGGACGAUUUCUAUGAAAUGGCAGAUAGUGAUACUUACUGCACCGCGAGCGCUGUUCGACAAGACAAUCAAGAAAUAGUGUACAGUGACUCAUCCAGAUGGAAGCUGUGUGAUGUGGCACGAGCUCCGCCACCUUUCAACAUUCAAGUGAGCGACUCAGAUGGUUUCUACAACAUCAGCUGGGACAGCGACCCCAGGGAGCACCUCGAGUACAGGGUCCGCAUCAGAGAGCGUAAAGACCUGUCGAAGGAGCCAGUUUAUUCCAGGUACCCCCUGGAUGCCAGGUUCGUCCUGUUGGACCGAUCCAAACUUCAGCCCAACGUCAGCUACGCCGUGGACGUUCAGGCCAAAUGGUUCGGACAUCCAUACCUGGAGGGACCGUGGAGUCCGUGGAGUUCCACCAGUGAAUGGACGACGGUGGGAACCAGGAGCAGAGACACUGAAGGUCUGGUUGGAUCUAAUGGAUACUUCUGGUACUUGGCCAUCCCACUCCUUCUCCUCAUCAUGUGGCUGGCUUAUUCACAGAAACUGUUUUGGCAGAAGAAGCUCCAGCUGAUCACCUUCAUUCCGAAGCCAAACGUGUUCUUCGAACCGCUGUACAACAUCUACCAAGGGAAUUUCAAGGACUGGGUGAAGCCUGUAUUCAGCGAGUAUGACGUUCUGAGGAUGAACGCAGACGUCCAUGUGAUCAAUGACAAAGACCAGGAUGUCCUUCAGUGGAAGAAGGUGCAGAUGUCCAGCCAACAGAGUGGGCGUGUCCUCCACAGCCUGGAGCCCAUGGCCCACCUGGUGGUCCACCUCCAAGACGGGGGAAGCUCCCAGGACACCGGACACUCCGCCGGACACUCCACCGGACACUCCGCCGGACACUCCACCGGACACUCCGCCGGACACUCCACCGGACACUCCACCGGACAUGUCUCAAUCCACACUGUGCUGCUGAAUGGACAGGAGGAGGCGGAGUUGCAGGAGGCAGAGUCUCAGAGCUCUGUAAACAGUUACCAGGAUGGAGAAAGCUUUGGGCCAUAUGCAGGAGACAACAGAGGGCAUGCUGGGUAUGAUUUGGACGAGGCGCUGACGUCCAGGAUGGGAGGCCAAAGGGAUGAGAAUGGAAACCUCGUAUCUGUGGACUUAUCUCUGGAAAACCUUCACUUUGAGCCAGAGUUUAAUGAGCCGGAGGAGAGAAUGUCCCUGGACUCGUUCGUGUCCAACGGGCCGUCAGAGGACGGGUACCCUCACGUGGACUUGGACACUAUCGAUAGUGGUUUUGGAGAAUGCACCAGCCCGUCGGCCACAGACGCCAACGCUGAGCAGCACAGACACUCCCCUUUAUUCCAGCAGAACACGCCCAUGCAUUCCAAUUAUGUCAAACAGUGGAUGGCAGGAAGUGCUCUGCAGGAGGACUGUAGCCCUGAGAACCCACAGAGCAACCCACAGCCCUGACCACAGGACAGACACAUGGACCUGGAGGACCACACGUGGACCUGGAGGACCACACGUGGACCUGGAGGACCACACGUGGACCUGGAGGACCACACAUGGACCUGGAGGACCACAGGACAGACACAUGGACCUGGAGGACCACACGUGGACCUGGAGGACCACACGUGGACCUGGAGGACCACACGUGGACCUGGAGGACCACAGGACAGACACAUGGACCUGGAGGACCACACAUGGACCUGGGGCCUCAUGCAUAAAGCAUGCGUACGCACAAAGACCUGGCGUACGCCCUUUUCCACGCUCACGUUCAGAUGUAUAAAGAGUGAAAUGACCGUGGAAAUGUGCGGUCCUCCACGCCAACUCCAUAGCUGGCAUACGCACGUUUCUAGUGCUUUAGAACCUUUGGCGACACUCAGAGGUGAUACUGGGAAACUGUUACUAAUGUGAAAAAGGACAUUCCUCUGAUUGAUGGGCACAUCGGAGAUACACAGAUGAACAAUGAACACACUGGCUCGUCAUCCUACUGCCAGAACAACACAUCCACCACCAGAACCAGACCAACCAGAACCAGAACAACCAGAACCAGACCAACCCUGGACCCACCAAUGCCAGUCCUGCCCAGGAGGACAUUAAUCCCUGCAACAACCAUAUAAAUACCAUGUAACCAUAUAAAAAAGGCCACAAAAUUCACUGGGUGUUAAAUGCAUUUAAUCUAAUAUUAAUGUCUGUGAGAACAUUUAUUCGUCGGUCCAGUCGCUCAUUGAUGCCGUCGAUUGUCCUCUCGAUGUCCUCUGGUGACUCGCGUCAGAACAGACCCAUGCCGGUCGGCAUCAGCAUGUUUGUCUGUGAUCAGACUGUUGUAUGACCCAUAGAAUGAACUAAUGUGUGACUUACACAAAUACUAAAUACAUGUUUACCUUGGGGGUGGUCCCAGUCACCCCUGUCAGACCAGUGUCAUCUACAAUAGUGUCGAGUCUCUGCUCAAACGGGCUGAGUUCAUCUCUUUUCUUCUUCUGCCUGUUUCAUCCUCUGCUUCGCGUCCACCUUGACGUCAUCAUCUGAUCCUGCAGAGAGGGGAAUCCCAGAGGGAAUCCCACCUGCAGAGCCCGCUUAUACUAAUUUGCAUAUUUAAAUGUGGGCGUAGAGAGGGAGGAGUCUGGCACUCCAACAUACACGCUCAAUUCCAGCUGAUUGGGAUGAAUAAAGGAAAUGUGCUUGGAUUUGGGCCUAUGCUCAGUUUUAUUCAUCUGGAUUUUUUUGUGCGUACAAACUUUUCUGGAUUUAAGCGUACGCCAGGUUUCAGUAUGAAAUCCACACAAGCCUUUUUGCAUGAGGCCCCUGGACAGCACACGUGGACCUGGACAGCAAAGGACAAAAGGACAGAACCCACCAGCUCUGAUCUGUCUCAGCUUCUACAGAGUACACGACUUGAACGUUUUAAACUCAUAUACUCUAUAUCUAAAUAAAUGUGUUUGAUGGAAGUGCACUGCAUUCAUAAAGGACAAAAGAAGCAGGUGCUUGCCCCUUAUUGUGGGUGGGGGGUGGGGGGGUUAAUAUAUGUCAAUAACUGCACAUUCAGAGCAAAAUGGCCGACUUCCUGUGGUGUGUACGGACUGUUCCAUGUGUCUGUGUGUCUUUAAGGGGUUCUUGGUCCACGCUGGUCAAACAUGGACACAAUGAGUCACUAUGAGGCUGGAUCUCUUUUCAUGGGAAUUUAUUGUUGUUUCAAUGUUUAUAAAUAUUUUGUCUAAAACUGCAUUUUUUCCAGUGGAUUCUACGUCAUGUGAUGAUGAUGAACUAAUGUUAUUUGUUUGUCAUUCUGUAUUAUUCUGAUGUCAUUAGAACCACAUGUUGUAGUUCUGAGCUCUUUUCUCUUACCUUGAGUCUUUUUUUGUGCCUGUAAUGUUCUUCAGCCCAGCAGGUGGGGAUAGAAAGUCAAUGAAAUACUGUCAAUAGUGGAGAUUUUAGUUUGAAUGCGUCAUUUAAACGCUAACUGAGCUCAGUAACAACAAUAACCACUUCGACAAGUCUUAUUCAAUUCUGCCUGUUUUUCGAGUUUUAUUUUACUUUUGCAGCGAUGAUUUUUUUUUUUUCUUUUUUAUCUUUUCUUUCAACACCUUCAUGGUCAUGCAAGCAUCAGCAUGUCUGCUGCCUUAUCUAGAUCCAGUUGGAUGAUAAUAUCUGCUGUACUUGCACAUGCACUCUGCCACUAACCACCGUCAACGUCUGACCUGAUUUCCGCCGUCACUUUGUUUUUCUGAACUCUUCUUCCUUGACUGAAAUGUGCAGAAAUUUGCCAAAGAAGCUUUGAUUAAUUUCUGAGAAUGUACUGAAAAAAUUGCAAUGUGACCAAGGCACCGUGAUCGUACAAAGCAUAAGGCGGGCCCUCGCAUUGUACAUUCUGUUUCCCAUCACUGUCAACACCUCAACACCCCCCACCACCACCACCACCACCAUCAAUUAAAUCUGUACAAACAGUUGAGCGUUUGGUCCUAAGAAUGAAAAAAAGUUAAUAAUACUCGUUGUUUAGCACAUAGGUGUCAAACAUGCGGCCCGGGGGCCAAAUUCGGCCCACCAAAGGGUCCAGUCCGGCCCUUGGGAUGAAUGUGUGAAAUACAAAAAUUACA